GCAUGACGGCUCAUCGAGCUUGGCUCAAGUUUUUGUCAGGGUGUAUAGUCAGGACUACACUAUCACCGAUCUCUAGCUGCAUACCCUAUCUUCUGGGUCUUCUACUAUUGGUCUCUACAGAGUGAGCUCAUUGAAAAUCCGGAGCGCAUUCUUGCGACGAGAUGCCUUGCAUUGCCUCUAUGAUGAACUUCGUAGUGGCUUGCAUGGAAUUCGGGCUCACCGCAGCAACGACCACUCACGUACAACUCUACAAUAUCGUAUUCGUUUAUAGAGGGCUUUUGUAGACCUUCACGAGUGUGUUAUGCGUUGUGAUCACUCCCCGUAUAUUCCUCAAGCUGCGCGAUCCGGAGCUACACGGCAAGGUGUUCCCCUCGUCGUCGGGAUAUGCCUGACACCCGGCACGCCACACGGGGAUACAGCUCACUCUGAGAUGUUCCCCAAAGUACUCGCAGCGAUGACAACGCAAUGCACAGAGGACGAAUGGGCCGACGGUGUCUAUCGAAUCGCGUGUCCCACUAAUGCAUUCGCCUUGAUCUAUGGAAGGUGGGCUCGGGUGUAUCAUUCUGGAUGAGCCGCACGCGGAUUAGGACCUCGCUGGCUCUGGACUGCAAACAUCCCGGUCGCCUGUUUUCACUCUACUUGCGUUGCAAGCAGUCGCACUU